AUGAUCUCAUCAGUCUAUAACUACUUUUUCAACGGCAAUUCUUCAACAUCCCCACCUUCAUCGUCUAGACAAUACUCCACUAAUAACCCUGCGAUAUCAGAUGAGCAAGCUUCACAGUUCCAUCCAAGGCUAGCCACUAUCUUCCAGCAGUUGGACUCUAUUGCUCCACGAUUCUUUUUGCAAAAAGGCGAAAUAGAGAUCAUUCAGGAGCCCACAAUAUUUUACGAAACUUUAAAAAGCAAAAUUUUAUCGGCCAAGACCAGAAUCUUUCUAUCCAGUUUAUAUAUCGGCAAGACACAACAUGAGUUAGUCUCAUGUUUGGAUAAGGCCUUGGCACAAAACCCCGACUUGCAAGUGCUGAUACUUACUGAUUGUUUAAGAGGAACCCGCGAAGCUCCCAACAAUACAUGUUCGGCAUCCCUCUUGGUUGCGUUGGAAGAAAAGUACACCAAGCGCAGAGUAGAUAUACGCAUGUACCAUACACCUCACUUGUCUGGAUUAACAAAGAGCCUUACUCCAAAAAGAAUUAAUGAAGGAUGGGGCUUACAACACAUGAAAUUAUAUGGGUUUGACGAUGAAAUAAUUCUCUCAGGAGCUAACCUUUCACAGGAUUACUUUACCGAUCGCCAGGACCGAUACUACUUGUUUAAGAACAAGGCCAUCACCGAUUACUACUACAAGAUUCACAAUGCUAUAUCAUCCAUUUCAUACCAGAUCUUGCACACCACCAAACUCAAGCAAGGCUUCAAAUUGGUGUGGCCAACAACAAACCCAACUUGUGAACCACACUUGAACCAACAAAGAUUCAUCAGUGACACCUCACACUUGUUGCUGCCUUUGCUCAAACAACAUGAACUAAAGUCAUUUGAUGAACACCGCAACCACCUGGAUUUUGACACUGUUGUUUACGCAGUUUCACAAUUCACUCCGCUCUUUCCACUGAACCAAGACUUGUCCACUGAGAAACCAGCAGUCUUGCGUCUCUUAUCUUACUUAGACUCCCCCAAGAUCAAGUGGUGGUUUACUGCAGGAUACUUUAAUAUGCUUUCGGAGAUCCAGGACAGAUUGAUUAAUGGCCAGGCAAGAGGUAAAGUCAUCACGGCAUCACCCAAAGCCAACUCAUUCUACAAAUCACCCGGUGUAUCGUACUAUCUCCCUGAGGCGUAUUUGCUUUUCGCCAAGAAAUUUCUUGAACAUGUCAAGCGAGUUGGCAAGGAACAACUAAUCACCGUGUAUGAAUGGCAAAACGGCGUGGUGAACACCCCAGGAGGCUGGACAUACCACGCAAAGGGAAUCUGGAUCACAGUGCCAGAGGAAAACGAUCCAAGUAUAACCAUUAUCGGAUCUUCAAACUAUACAAAGAGAGCAUACAGCUCCGACUUGGAGAGCAAUGCGAUAAUCAUUACAAAGGAUGAGACAUUGAAACGCGAGAUGACUAAAGAAAUAGACCAUUUGAUGGAGCAUGUCACAGAGUUGACAUUAGAUGACUUUCAGCCCAAACAAUUACCCAGUCCAACAUUGCCACAAUCGGAAGCGGUUGAUUCGGUUAUUGUUCAGGAUGUUGCAUUGAAUGGUGAGCAGCAAGCGUCGGUGCUGCAACUGCUGCAUGGACAUCCACCAAAGUAUGCAAUUGAUGAAGAUCGAAAGAUUAGUUAUGGUGUGCGUCUUGCAGUAAAGAUCCUAGGUGGAAAACUAUAG